AAGUGGGUCCCUCCCUGCGUCCCUCCUGAUGCUGUCGUGGUGGGCUGCGCGAGCUGGAGCAAGUGCGGGCAGAGCGUUGACGGAGCUGCGCUUGGGAAGACAAAGAUACUACUCUCUUCACCUCGGCAUCCUCCUCACAGUGCUCGUCUUGGUCUUCUUUGGCUAUGGGUUCCUGAGCCAAAGAAGUGAGGAGUUGGGAGACUCAGAGGCUGUGUCUAGGAUGGUCCAUGCCCAGCCAAAUGUUCUGACACCCAGUAGGAAAGAUGUUCUUGUCUUGACUCCGUGGCUGGCUCCCAUCAUCUGGGAGGGGACCUUCAACAUCGACAUCCUGAAUGAGCAGUUCAGGCUUCUGAACACCACCAUUGGACUGACCGUGUUUGCCAUCAAAAAGUAUGUGGUGUUCCUGAAACUGUUCCUGGAGACAGCAGAGCAGCACUUCAUGGUGGGACACAAGGUCAUCUACUAUGUCUUCACCGACCAUCCUGCCGAGGUGCCGCAGGUGCCCCUGGGGGCAGGACGGAAGCUGGUGGUGCUGACCGUGCGCAACUACUCCCGCUGGCAGGAUGUGUCCAUGCACAGGAUGGAGAUGAUCAGCCACUUCUCUGAGCAGCGCUUUCUGCAGGAGGUGGAUUACCUGGUGUGUGCAGAUGUGGACAUGAAGUUUCAAGACCACGUGGGUGUGGAGAUUCUCUCAGCACUCUUCGGUACCCUGCAUCCUGGCUUCUACAGAAGCAGCCGAGAAGCCUUUACCUACGAGCGCCGGCCGAAGUCCCAGGCCUACAUCCCCUGGGAUGAGGGUGACUUUUAUUACAUGGGGGCCUUCUUUGGGGGGUCAGUAGUGGAGGUGCACCAUCUCACCAAGGCCUGCCAUCAGGCUAUGGUGGAGGACAAGGCCAAUGGCAUCGAGGCCGUGUGGCAUGAUGAGAGUCAUCUGAAUAAGUACCUGCUGUACCACAAGCCUACGAAGGUGCUGUCCCCAGAGUACAUGUGGGACCAGCAGCUGCUGGGCUGGCCCUCCAUCAUGAAGAAGCUGAGAUAUGUGGCUGUGCCCAAGAACCAUCAGGAAAUCAGGAACAGAUAGCUGAAUUCCUAUUGGAGAGGCCAGCCUUAUAUCCAGGGUCUCUCCAGGAUGUGUGGAACUGGGAAGAUUUGAGAGACAUUCAUGAAGUGUUGCCAUCUACCCCACUUCAGGGUCUGGCAGGCCCAGUACCACUUGUCUUACCCUACACUGAGCCCCUGGAGUGGCAGCCACCCUCAGCUCCCGCUGUGUCUCUAAGCUCUUCUCAGUGAGAUGUAGCAGGAGCUUGCAGAAUAUGGGGGAAAUUCUGUCAUGUUGUUACCUGAGGGCCUGGGCAUCCCCACUCAGCCUGUCCCAUCCUCUGCUGAGAGGCUUGACAGAUGGCCAGUGCCCUUAGGAAUAGGCAGGAGGGCAGGGAGACUCACAGCCUGCAGGCCUCAGAGGUGCUUGGCUCCUGUUUAGCCCAGCUGGCAGACCAACAACCUGUGACCAUUGCCUCUGCUCAUUUUUGGUUCAUUUGGGAAUAGCUAGUUAUUCAUCCUGGGGAUAAGUAUAUUUCUAGUAUAUGAGUAUAUAUUUUCUUUAAAAAAUUUUUUCAAAUUAAUUUAUUUGUUUAUGCAUUUUUUUAAGGGCUGAAUGCUCUGUCUGCAUGUAUGCUUGCAGGCCAGAAGAGGGCACUAGAUCUUAUGAUCUAGUUGUGAGUCCCCAUAUGGUUGAGGGAAUUGAAUUCAGGACCUCUGGAAGAACAGCCAGUGUUUUUAACCACUGAGCUGUCUCUCCAGCCCUCUUUUUACUUUUUUGAGGUACUUGGGAUGGAACUCAGGGCCUCAUUGAUGCUAGUCAGACAUGCUGUCCCUGAUGUCCAGGAUCUCCUAGAGACAUGUGACUGAAUUUGCUGAGUGUUGAUGAAACUCCAGUUUCAGCCAAAAAUUUCAAUAUAAAGAGAUUGUUACUUUUUUUCUUUAGCAGUGUUGUGAUCAAACUCCGUUCCCAGUAUAAAAUUUUACAUAUUUUUGGAUUUUUUUCUUUUCUUUUCCUUUUUUUAAAAAUUUGUUUUAUGUGUCUGUUACAUAUGUAUCUUGAUCCCAUUCAUUUCCCUGUCCCUUUGCAUCUACCCUCUGUC